UUUUGUGGCUUGUUUACAUUGUGAUUUUAAUAUAUUAUAUUUUGGUACUAAAGUGGUUUCUGCAAGCCCCAGUGCUGCCAUCUACCGAAAAACCGCGCAGUAUCAUCUGCCAAGAUGAUCGUCAUCGCCGUGGUGGUGGUGCUGCUCAUCACCCUGUACUUCUACGGAACCAGGAACUUCAAGUACUGGGAGGAGAGAGGCGUGAAACAUGACAAGCCUCUCCCACUGUUCGGGAACAACCUGCAGGGCUACCUGUUCCGGUCCAGCAUGACACAAGUAGCUGACGAGGUCUACAAGAGGUAUCCCAACGAAAAAGUCGUCGGAUUUUUCCGCUCCUCGCGCCCGGAGUUACUCAUUCGUGAUCCAGAAAUUGCAAAACGAAUUCUCAUCACGGACUUUGCUCAUUUCUUCGAGCGUGGCUUCACUCCCCAUAAGACUGUGUUCGAGCCUCUAAUGCAGAACCUGUUCUUUGCUGAAGGAGAUCUGUGGAAGCUGCUCAGACAGAGAAUGACUCCCGCCUUCACGACGGGCAAACUGAAGGCUAUGUUCCCACUCAUAGUGGAACGAGCAGAGAAGUUGAAAUUGCGGGCGUUGGCCGCGGCCGCUGAGGGCAAGUCUCUGGACGCGCGGGACUUGAUGGCGAGGUACACCACCGACUUCAUAGGAGCCUGUGGUUUUGGACUCGAUGCAGACUCUUUGAAUGAUGAGGACUCUCCAUUCAGACAGCUCGGAGUCAAAAUCUUUAAAGCAAGACCCCAAGAAAUCAUGAAGGCUAUUAUAAAAGAACUGUUCCCAGAAAUGGGUAGAAACCUAAAGAUAUGGACACGAGUGGAGAACGAUAUCAAUGAGCUCGUCGGAGAGAUAUUGAGGAAGAGGGAUUACAAGCCUUGUGGGCGGGGGGACUUCUUAGAUUUAAUGUUGGAGUGUAAGCAGAAGGGAGUGAUGGUCGGAGAGUCCAUACAGAAUAAGAAACCCGACGGCACCGCGGAGACUGUCACUCUGGAGUUCAACGACUCGCUGAUCGCUGCUCAGGUGUUUGUAUUCUUCGCGGCUGGCUUCGAGACAUCGUCUUCAGCGACCAGCUUCACUCUACACCAGCUGGCAUACCACCAGGACGUGCAGAAGAAGGCGCAAGAGGAAAUCGACCGCGUAUUGGCCAAACAUGACGGCAAGUUGUCGUAUGACGCAGUCAGAGAGAUGCACUACUUGGAGAAUGUGUUCAAAGAGGGACUGCGCAUGUUCCCAUCUCUCGGGUUCCUGUUGCGACAGUGUACCAGGUCGUUUACGUUCCCAGAGCUGAACCUGACAGUAGAUGAAGGCGUGCGCGUGCUGAUCCCGCUGCAGUCGAUGCACAAUGACCCCAAGUACUUCCCCGAGCCUGACGUGUUCCGGCCGGAGCGGUUCGAGGCGGACGAGUUUGACGCCAACAACAAAUACGUUUACUUACCUUUCGGAGGAGGACCCAGAGCUUGUAUAGGUGAACGCUUAGGUCUGAUGCAGUCUCUGGCCGGGCUGGCUGCUGUUCUUUCCUGCUUCACGGUGGAGCCUGGCAAGGAGACGGUGAGACAUCCUGUCGUGGACCCCCUCUCCAGCGUGGUGCAGAGCAUCAAGGCUGGACUACCUCUCAUGUUCCGGGAAAGAACUAAGCAUGCCUGAAUUGAAGACAUUAUUUGGGAAAUGACUUCGGCUAGGAUAUAUUUAUAAGUGACGGAUAAUUCGAUGCAUUUUCAAUAGAGUUAAUUGGAGUGCACAAAGUUGAUCGUGAGUGGUAAGAAUAUGCUCCAAUAAUUAUUUAUAUUUGGUAAUUAUGCAUAUUUAGGUUGUAGAUGGCUGCAACUAUACAAGUGACUUUGUGAAAGUAAUUCAAUAAUUAUGUUUAUUUUUUGAAUCUUUAAUGUAACAGACGUAUGAUGGACGCUUAAGAUUUUAGGUUUAGGUAAUUAUUAAUUAGUUCUGCUAGUAGGUACCUAAUUGUAAUUUCAAUGAAAUGCUUCGUAAAACAUGUAUUAAUGUUUAUAAUUAACUAUUUUUAUAAUAAUUAUCGCAGUCAGCGAUAAAGAACUAUUGUAAUACCGUGUAGGUAUUAUCAUUAUCACUGUUUGAGUACAAACAUUGAUGUAUUCAUUAUUAUCUUUUAUAGUAUACUCACAUACCUAACUAUUAAACGAGGAUCUUAACUCAGCUUUGUGACGUUAGCAGCGUCGUGUUUCGCAAUGUUAUUUAUAAAUAUGAACCCUUUUUUUGUCAAGAGAAAAUCCUUAAAUGACUUCUCCCACCCAGGGUUAGGCGAGUUCGUGUCAGACUCUUACUGACUAAAACGCCCCCGUUCCUUCUCCUGCUCUGGGCCGAGGUCGCGGUGCCUCAUUGCGCUUACCCCGCAACUCCGGCUGAACAUCAGCCCUUUAGGACCCCGUCUGUGGUGGUUUAUUGGCUUUGAGGCGCGCGCGGAACGCUACGCGCCGUACGCUCGGGUUUGGUUCUGGUCGGACCACGAGCUACCCUUACUCGCCGACCGCAGACCCGCGCUUACGGUGGCUGGAGAUCAUCUCUCGAUAAGUAUGAACCCUAAAAUGGCUAUUUAGGGUACAGAAAAUAAAGUUCCCUAAUAUCGGAAAAGAAGGACCCUUCGAGCAGGCAAGGUGAUCGUGCCUGGCGGGCUACUGUCCAACAGUUGUACGACUAAUUGUUUAGUAUGCGCAAUAAGGCACCGCGGCCUCGGCACAGAGCAGGAGAA